AUGUGGGUGGUGCAGCUGCCGCAGAAACACGGUGCUGCCCGCCUCUGCUCACUGCAGGUGUUCGACGUGCAGAGGAAGGUGACCUUCAGAAACCUGGGUACCUGGUACGCAGAGCUUCGGGACUUCAGGCCGGAGAUCCCUUGUGUCCUGGUGGCCAAUAAAAUCGACGACAUAAAGAUGACCCAAAAAAGCUUCAGCUUUGCCAGGAAGUUCUCCCUGCCCCUGUACUUUGUCUCGGCUGCGGACGGCACCAACGUGGUCAAGCUCUUCAAUGAUGCGAUUCGAUUGGCUGUGUCUUAUAAGCAGAAUUCCCGGGACUUCAUGGGUGAGGUUUUGCAGGAGCUCGAGAACAUUGAUUUGGAGCCAGAGGAGGAGGAGCACAGGCCCGGCCAAGAGCAAGAGCAGCUUGGCCGCCCCGAGAGCCCGGCCCCCUCCUGAGGCCCAGAAGGAGGUCCCUCCCACCCUCCGGCAGCCCCCCAGCCUGCCCGGGACACCAGCCUUUCCACCGUGAGCCCCUCCUGUACUUCAGGCCGAGAGGGGCCGGCCCCAGCAAGCACCCUGGACACAGGGAAGAGGUCCGCCCCAGGCCCGAGGCAGGAUGAGGGACUGCUGCCUCCCCCCAGGGUCACUCGACAGGGGCUCAGGGAGCGUGCUGGGUGUGUGUCUCAGAUGAAAGGAGACUCGGGCCGCUGUUUUGUCUCCCAGAACUGACCUCAGGGCCUCUUUGUUGCGUGGCCACCGAGGGCGUGACUUCUACCCCUGACUGCCCAUUCCCAUCGCUGCAGA